AUGCAGAUGGACGUGGACCCUUGCCUAAUACCGACUGCGACGGGGAGAUUGCCUUCGCAUGCUCGCUUGGACGACACGCCCUACUCCGAGUCAAGCUGCACCCGCAAGGGCCAGCGGAUACCCACGGAACUCAUCGAGAAGAUUAUCGACCUCUGCCAGGAUGAUCGUCCAACACUCAUAGCCUUUGCCCUUGCCAGUACGGUGUGUACACCAAGGGCCCGAUACCACCUCUUCCGAGUCAUCCAUUUCUAUCGCCGCAGGGAUAUCGACAGGUUUUUGGAGCUGUCUCCCGAAGUUGAGAAACUUGUCGAGGAGCUGGCGAUACACCAUUGUCUAGCUCGUAGGCGCAAGCUCUCUCUGUCGAUAUCACGCACCGUGUUCAGUCGGUGCUUCACGCGCCUAAGGCAACUGGCAAUUCUUGGAGACCAUAUCAGGACAUUAUCAGUAACAGUCGACCCACCUGAAUCAGGGUUUACGGCAUCGCAAUUUAUGGCACUCACUCAUCUUAACCUCGCACAUCUGAAAUUCAGAUCUUUCGCUGAAUUGCGGGAUCUUAUCUACUUGCUUCCUAACCUCUCUGAGCUCUGCUGCAUCCAGGUAACAUGGCGAGAAAACAUUCAAACCUCGGACGCGCAUCAAGAUGGCCAUCAGCUUCAGAGGCUGCAGAAGCUUAAAUUGCGAUUGAGCCUGACAGAGUUGAUGUGCAUGAUGACUUGGUUAGCUCCUGGGCGCAGUACAAUAUCUCUCACCUCAUUAUCCCUUGGGGAGAUUUCGCCCUUUGCGAAUGGCCAACGAAUCGGGUCGCUCAUUCGUUCCUGUAGUUCAAAUCUUCAGCAUCUGCAAAUUGGAAUAAUGAUUCCAGACGUUGAUGGGACCCGAGUUCUAAUGGAUCGCCUUGACGAUUAUUUUCUUGAAGACGUUGAUUUAUGGACUCGAUUGGCCAGAUCUUAUAUUGGGGACAUCGCAAAGGCGCUCUGCCCGUCCGAGUGUCGGUCUCUGCAGACGCUCGACAUUACCUUCAGAGCAAAUGAUGCAGGCAUAUUCCAAUUUGGCGUUUCAAGGAACUGCACAAAUUUUCGGAGCUUCGUGCUCCUCAUGUGCGUCCUCUUGUGUCAGCUCUCCGCGCCCCAUAUUCAACAAAUUGUCGUCAACGCUGAAGGCUUUCAGAGCCACUGCUGCAGUAGAGGGUGCAAUUUCGAUCUGGAUGAAGUUGAGAUCGCUCUCCAUCAUGUCGACAGCCAUCUUUCGCAGGCCCAAUUCUCCGACUUGCGAGCACUCGCUUUCAUUUGGUGGCCAAAUGGAUUUGGAGCCUUGAUCGAAAUGCUCCCUCUGCUGAAGAGGAAGCAGAUAGUAUAUAUAGAGCACCAGCCGGAACUCACCUACGACUCACCAAUGGGUACUGAUAACGCAUGGCGCUCCGAAGAGCAUAUACCCGAUCAGCAAGAGGUAAUUCACGAUGAUGCUGGCACCGCUCCUCCAGAGACCGAAUUUGAACAGUUCGUUCGAGAGGAAAUAGAGGGCGAAGCGAUGUUCUGGAACAAUCUUACUGCCAAAGAUGUGCCUUCUCGCUAG